AUGGCCAUGAAGAAGAUCUCUGUCUUCGUGCUUGUGAUCAUGUUUCUCUUGGGUUGCACCUCGGCUAAAACCUACAAAGUCGGUGGUUCCAACUAUGGAUGGACUGUCAAGGACGACACUUGGGCUGAACAUAAGCAAUUCCACGUUGGAGAUUCCCUCGUCUUCCAAUACGACAAGAACGUCAACGACCUCGCUCAAGUUUCCACUGCUAAAGAGUACAUGUCAUGCGAAGCUUCUUCUCCUAAAGUUGUUUACAACACCGGUCACGAUGUCGUAACCUUCAAGGAACCAGGACAUUACUACUUCAUCACCUCUAAUCAUAUUCAAUGAAUGGACUUAAACUCGACGUUCUUGUCGUCCAUGACCCCUCACGUCCGAUUCCUCCACCACCACCGAGCAAGAACCAUGAACCAUCGUCCACCACCAAACAAGAACCAAGGGCCGUCGACGUCACGUCCAAGCCCUCCUCCACCACCACCGAGCAAGAACCAAGGCCCGUCACGUCAGAGUACUCCUCCACCACCACCGAGCAAUAACCAAGGCCCGUCACGUCAGAGUCCUCCACCACCACCACCACCACCGAGCAAGAGAGGAAGGAUCUACAAGGUAGGUGAUUCCAAAGGAUGGAGCGUGUACAACAGUUACUACUACUACAGGUGGAGUGAAACUAAACAAUUUCGUGUGGGAGAUACUCUCUAUUUCGAAUACAACAAGGACCUCAAUGACGUUAGAGAAAUCAGCGAUGAUCUUGAGUUCAGAUCCUGCGAACCAACUUCUGCCGUAGCUGUGUACAAGACAGGACACGAUCUCGUCAAGCUCACCAAACCAGGAGUGCACUAUUUUGUAAGCUUAAAGACAGGUCUUUGUCAGGCCGGGAUUAAGCUUCGAGUCAACGUGCUACCAUCAUUAGCCGAAGACGAUACUCUGCCGAAUGUUCCCAAGAUUAACCGCUGCAACAGGUGGUGGAGGUGGUUAUGCAUUAUCAGACCUCAUCAUUAA